AGACUGGAUGCAUGCAGGCGACCACACCUCCCGUCGUGGUACAACCUCGCAGCAUCCAGGUGGGGUUGCGGCGGGCUGACAGCCAUUCCGUCAGAAGCUGGCAAGAUACAGAGGAAACAUUUUGAACUGCCAGAAUUACCAGAACUACCAGAACUACCAGAACUACCAGAUCACUUCUUAUCUUCAUUUUGAAUGACAGACUUACUAAUUGCUUCAUUUAAUAGACAUGAGUUUGGGAGCAGCGUGCAUCUUCCUGCGAGGUGGGAAAAACAUAUCAAGGCAGUUGGCAGAGGAUGAGAUAGAUGAGCUGCGUGACGCCUUCAAUGAGUUUGACAAGGACAAGGAUGGCCUCAUCAGCUGUAAAGACCUGGGAAACCUAAUGAGGACCAUGGGGUACAUGCCCACCGAGAUGGAGCUUAUCGAGCUGAGCCAAAACAUCAACAUGAACCUUGGUGGCCAGGUUGACUUUGAAGACUUUGUCAACCUGAUGGCACCCAAACUUCUGGCAGAAACGGCUGGCAUGAUUGGCGUGAAGGAGCUCAAAAAUGCCUUUAAAGAGUUCGACACAGACGGCGAUGGCGAGAUUACCACAGAGGAGCUGCGUUCAGCCAUGAUUAAGUUAAUGGGGGAGCACAUGAGUCGCAGGGAGAUUGACGACAUAGUCAAAGAGGCGGACGAUAACGGGGAUGGAACGGUAGACUUUGAAGAGUUUGUCAGAAUGAUGUCCCAUCCAUGACAGAGGCUGGCCGUACCUUUGUACCUGCAAAGCACCUCACAGCUCUCUUGUGAUUUUAGGGUCUCUGUCAGUCAAAACAAUGCAAAGACUCAGAAUCAAGAGACCGAACAUAUUUAUGAUUCCCUUGUGUACUGUAUUGCUUGAACUAUGCAACAGUGACAUUGUAAAUGAAUUAGGUUGCAUCGUUCAUUAGUGGAUAGAGUCAUUAUGCCAGAUAUCCGCAAUGACCAAAAAUAGUAAAUAAUAAUAAUAUAAAUAGUAAAUUACAAUUUCUGUGCUUUAUAACAUUAAUUUUUUCAAGCGAUAAAGGGACCGUAUGCAGCGAAUUCCUGCGGCUGGCUAGAGGGCGCCAACAUUCGAUCUUACUGCUGGCAUUAUAUCCCGCUCAUGUCCUGCUUUGACGCACCUGCACUAGUCAUGUUUGUUGUCAGCUACUGAUAGCAAUUUGGCAAAGUUUAGCUACUAACGUUAGCUAACAUUGAAUGUAUAGCCUAUCAUAACAACAUCGUGACUGCAAAUUGUUGAUCGCCUCUCUGAGACUGCUUUUGUGUGUGUGCAUGUGCCACAAACCUGAACGUGAAUACCAACCGCGGUGAGUGACAGCCAUGAACGGCAACCAUUUUAUUCAGACUGAACAAAAAUGUAAAAAAACUGCAAUUUGGAGCGAGCUGUAUAAAGCCCCUUUAAGUAUAUUUUCUGCAUAGUAACACAAAAAAAACAACAA